CUCUCCCACCAGAAAAAGAAAACACACAAUACCCAGCCUCCGCGUCACCAAACCGACGCCUCGAUGGUUGAUUUCAAAUCCCCGCGGGGAAUUGACGCUAUCACCUCGAUCGCGUAAAGUCUCUCCCCCAUUCCGCCAUCUAACCGCAACGACGAUUAAAAGCACUUGAAACCCUGACCCUCUCUCCCCAAACAAAAACCCCAACCCUCAAUUUAUAUCAGACCCAGCUCCCAAAAUGGUCAAAUCAGCAGACAAACUCGUCAACAAGUCCGUCAUCGUCGUCGGCGGCACAUCCGGCAUCGGCUUCGGCGCCGCCGCCGCCUUCCUCGCCGCCGGCGCCCGCGUCACCGUCAUCUCCUCCAACGCCGCGCGCGUCGCGGACGCCGUCAAGCGCCUCGACUCGCCGCACGCGGCUGGCGAAGUCGGCGACGUGCGCGACGAGGCUGCGUUCGUGGCGCUGCUGCAGAAGCUCGCGCCGGUGGACCAUGUGGUCUUCUCGGGCGUGGACAAGAUUAUUAGGGGGAAGCUGGAGGAGCUGGAUUUGGAGGACGCGCGGUAUUUGUUUGGGGUCAAGUUUUGGGGGGCGGUGCUGGUGGGGAAAGCCGUUAAGAAACACGACAUCAUCAACCGCGGCGGCUCGCUGACUCUAACCUCCGGCACCGCCGCGCUGAAGCCUGGGAAAGGCGCUUCGACUGGCAGCGGGCUGAACGGGGGCGUCAUCUCGCUCACGAAAGGCCUCGCCGGCGAUCUCGCGGAGAAGGGCAUCAGGGUCAAUGUCGUGACCCCCGGGCUAGUGAAGACGGAGUUAUGGGGGAAACUGGGAAAGAGCGAGGAGGAGCAGAAGAAGACGUUUGAGAACACGAAACUGCCGGUGGGGUUUGUGGCGACGCCAGAUGAUAUCGCGGAAGCGUAUUUGUAUCUCGCGAAGGCGGAUUAUUCGACGGGGGAGAAUGUGAUUAUUGAUGGAGGUGCGAGGUUGGGGAUCUGAUGAGAGAGAAAUAAAUGGUCGAGAUCGCACCGUCCAUUCGAAGGGGAUGGAAGUCCUCUAGGAGAUAUUGGAAUUAGCAUUA